CAUAGCAAAGAACCCCAGAAUGAACUUCCCGCUUUUGCCCACGAUAGAGUAUAAAAACCGUUGCAAUCAGCUUUUCCACCAUCAAUCAGUUUUCAAGUGCCUAUUGAAUACAAAUACGUGAUUGUGUGACAUAUUUGGCCGGCAGUAGCCCCCAGAGUACUAUACGCGUGCGUUUCAUUUGGUUUGCCAAACAAUUGCCCUUUGUCCCAGAGGCCCCAAAUCCGCGGAAAUGGAUCUAGUGAAACUAUUCAGCAUGCUGCUAAUCUGCGCUGCUUUGAUUUUCGUCUGUGAUGCACAGCUCACAUUCACACCUUCCUGGGGAAAACGUGCCGCAAACCCGUUGAGCAUGAACAUGCCGGGUUCGUUUGGCGUACAGGACAGCUGUAAAACCCCGGUGGACUCCCUAAUGGUCAUAUACCGGAUGAUUCAGACCGAAGCGCAAAAAAUACUGGAAUGCAAUCAGAAGUAAAGACCACAAACGGGAUGGACGGCUGUCAUCGAACAACAACAACAGGAAUAACAACCACGACAUCGAUGCCUCCGGCAGCACAGCCAAAGCCAAAAACGCUUCGCUCCGAGCGGAAGCGAUUGUUUUUAUUUUUGCUCCAUUUAUUAAGUUUAAAAUCUGUAGAUAUGUAGAGUUAUCACAUUCGUUCCGUUUGUCCGUGUGGUGCUUUCUUCCUGGGCUAGCACUCGCCGCGCACAUACGACUAAGCGUUCAAAAAUAUAGAUCACAAAGCAAAUGGCAUAAGUGAA